AUGCAGAUCCAAGCACCACCAGCGCAGUCGUAUUCUCCGCCUCCUUAUGAAGCCCCACCUGUAGCGACACGGAGGGCACACCGACCACAUACAAACCAAGUCAUCGAAGCUGGACAUAUUCGUGCUCGAGAUGAGCAAGAGAUGCAAAACAUGCUACAGAAUGUGCAGAUGGCAUUCAAAAUUUACAAUAGUGAUAUUGACCCGGAGCACGAUUCGGAUUACUACUGCAACUGUUUGAUUCACCAGUACAAACGGGCGAAGAUGAAUCGUGUUGGUGUUCAAGAGAUGUGGUCCAAAGCGGUCAUGUACCCUGGAGAGAAGUCAUAUCACGACUCCUACCAGAUGACCCUCUUCAGCAAUAAUCCUUACAGAUACCGCAUCGUCAGCCCCUAUGGCUACAACAACAACUCCUAUUAUUCAACUCCACGGCCUAAUCCACGGUACCAUGCACAGGCGGUUCAGCAGACCAUUCAGUUGAAUGCAGCUCUCAACGCAGAAGCACAAGCUGCUAUCAAUGCUAAGGAGCCAAACUUCAACAUUUGGGAAGUUGACCAAUUAGCCUCAUCGAUGUCAAAUUUAACCAUGGACCAAAGCUCUUCGACUCUAGGUGACGACAAAAAGCGCCCUAUGGAAAUGGGGUCUGACGAGAAGCGCCAGAGCGUUGCUGGAUCAUUCACGAAUGGAAGUGACAAGAGUGCCAAACCGUCAAGAUUUUCAGGUUUGAAGAAAGCCCUUGCUAUCAAAUCACCCGAGGAGAAAGCAGUCAUCAAGACAGAAAAGAAGGCCUCGCGUGGUCGAGAGAUUCGAAAUGCAAUUCUAGCGGAAGAACGAGGUCGAUGGCCAGAUGAUGAAUGGCGACAGAUUGUGGCCGCUUACCAAGACAAGGUCGGCAUGACUCGGAAGAUAGCAGAUCUCAGAGUCCGUCAUCCUACGCAAUACCUUCACUUGCUUCGGGCUGGAUAUUUCGAACCAAUUCCAGUAGCUUGGGCAAAUCUAAAUUCCAAUCCUCUCAAAUUUUCAAUCGAAGCAGCGGCUGGAUGGAGAGGAAUUACUCCCACUUGGAGAGGUUAUGAAGACACUGCAGAAGAGCGGCUCUACUGGGUCCUUAAUCACAGAGAGGGUAGUGUCGGAAUGAGGAUGAAGCCAGAUGUCAUAUCCGAGAUGAAUAUGGCACGUGCUAGGAUGGCAUCCGCCGUCGAACCACCACCUAUCUACUUCUCUCCAGAUGAUACCUGCCAUGUGCAGCAUACGUCUGAGGGCUACUCAAAGCAGGUCAUGCCGGCCCCAUUUAGACCCUUUGAUGCCCCAGAAGUCCCCACCGACGACACGAUGAUUCUGUUAGAUGUUUCUGGGUCUAUGGAUUUUGAUCCUGUUCGGCCGAACUACGACCAGUAUAUGAUUACUGGCUAUUCUAGAUCUACCCAACCCAAGAAUAAAGACGUUGCCAAGGCCAUCAUCCGCAGAUUUACUGAUGCGAUGGCAAACCACGACCACAAUUUCUCAGGCUACCAGCUCACUACUUUCUCAAGUAAAGCCAACUAUAUUGGAGUUGUGAAUCACCAAAAUCUCGAUAAGAUGUGGAGGAACGUCAGACUUGGAGGUGGAACACGAGUUAUGACGGGAUGGCAAAAGGUGAAGGAGUUGCACUUUCAAAAGCAUUCCGAGUCUGCAACUCACCACCCAGUUUAUGGCUGGCAAGCGGGUCCGCAGACACCCAUGCUGAGAUUAUUACUUCUUCUGGACGGUGAAGCCACAGAUAUGGACGAAUUCGAACUAGAUCUUCUCGGUCUUUCGUGGGUCCAUGUCACGAUAUUCCUGAUUGGAGUCGAUGGAUGUCCCCACCAUCACAGACACGCCAACGAGUUGCAAAGAAUCAGCGAAGUCAAUCACCACGUUGCCUUUGUCGAUGCCCAAGGCAACACACCAGAACGAUUCGUCACUCACGAGCUACUCAAACGCCAUCUUGGGUAUGAAAUAUCAAUGUCGGAGUUCGUAGAAAUGGAACAGCCGCCCCCAUACUCAGGUUGA